ACGUCCGGUUCGUGACGUAGAAGUCAAAAUUACGGUUUCCGUUAUUCGCGGACACUAAAGACGCUUCUCGCACCGAUCCCGAUCCUUUCCGACGUCAUGACUUGAGCUCCACACUCGACGUGGAUUCGGCCGCGCGUGGGCACUGUGGGUGGAAACCAGCAUUGGUUCGCUUCACGGACUCUGUGUGUGUGUGUGUGUGUGUCCUGCUGGGACAUCCAGCUCGUCCUCAUCAACAAUGUGGCCCAGAGGAGACUGUGAAGACGGAUACGACUCGAGUAGAACGGGCUCUCCAGCAUGGCUCCCUGGUCCUGACUCAGCGUGGCACAGUAACCACACGGGCCCCAGCAGCAGCAGCUUCUGUGGUGGACGUCGUCACAGCACAGUGUCUGACAGUGGAGACACUGGCAUUGGCACCUACUGUUCUGACAGUGUAGAAGAUGACUCCAGUUCCAGUACCACACCUCUGUCUUUCCAGGCACUGACUCAGCACCACUUCAGCCUGGGCGAUGACGUCGUCCCCUCGUCUUCCUCACCCAGCACCAGUAUCAGAACAGCUUCCUCACCCAGCAGCACAGCUCAGUGGAGCAGGUCUUCCCUACAUCUUGUCCCACCUUCGUCUCACCUGUGUGCACCAGGCUGUCUAAAUAUGAGGGACCAUCAGCCCAUCCGCAGGUGCUCCUCUCUCACCAAGUUGUCCUCUGGGACUGAGAGCAGCUCUGCAAAGACAUCAGGCUGUCGGUAUAAUCCAGAUUCACAAGGCUCUCUGGACAGAGGUGUGUUACAUGGCUACAAAAAGGAGCCUCUUGGCUCUAACGUGGACCUGUAUUUACCUCUGUGUUCCCCACUGCACUGCCACAGCCUGCUGCAGCGCUCACCAGGUGCUGCCCCCUGCUGUCGCUACAACCGCAGCACUAGGUCCAGCAGUUUGUCCCUCUCCUCAGCUCUGUCCUCCCCAGUGAGACACAGCAGUCUGGAUAUGAGCUUCAGCGCAUCAGCUGAGGAUAAACAGGGUCAGAGUGGGGGGCAAGUGUACGGCUUAAGCUUAUCAAAGCAACCAGACUCACCUGUGGCUCCUCCCACUGACAGAAGCUCGCCCAUUCAACCUGCUCUGCGCACACAGAUGUGGCUGACGGAGCAGAUGGAGUACAGACCCAGAGCAGAGAGAGGGAGUGAACUGUGUCCAAUCAGAGCCAGAGGAACACAGGGCUGUAGUGGAGACGGGCUUUCGUCAUGGCAACAGGGACUUCAGCAGGAACCAGGGCUUAACCAGCAGAUGCUGAUGACAAGUGGUCUUCCUGUUAAUUCUCUGGUGAAGGUUAAAGAGGGGCUUCUGAGACAGAGAGAACUGGAGAUUAACAGACAAAAGCAACAGAUCUUGCAGCUCCAUGCUCGGAUCAGAGAGAACGAGCUCCGAGCUCAGCAGGUGCUGUUGAGCCAGAGAGGGUGGUUUGACCACGCCCACAUCCUCAACACCAAGGAGGCAGUAGUGAGGUCACCAUGCUCACAGCUGUCUGACCGGCUGUGUGCUGAUGCUGAUGCUGAUGAGCAGCUGGGCAGGAAGUUAGCAGUGGCUGAACUGGAGGUUCUCCAUCUGAACCAGUUAUACAAGCAAGUCACACACAAGUACACAGAGGACAUCAGGAAACUGCAGGACAAGAUCAAAACCAGAGAUCGCUACAUCAGCAGUCUGAAGAAGAAAUGUCAGAGAGAGAGUGAACACAGCCAAGAGAAGCAGGAGCGAAUAGAGACGCUGGAGAAAUACCUGUGUGACCUGCCCACACUGGAGGAGGUGCAGGCCCAGGCCCAGCAGCAGGAGCAGGUAGAGCACAAAGCCAGAGGCCUGGAACAAACAGUGAGUCGUUUACAGAAGAGUCUGGAUGAAGGAUGUGCUCUCAUCAAAGACAAAGACAUGAAGAUUGAGCUGCAGGCCAAAAGAGAGGAUGAGCUCAUGGCUUCUGUUCACAGUCUGCAGAUGAAGGUGCAGCAGUGUCUGGAUGACGGGGUGAGGUUACCAGUGCAGGACCUGAAGCAGCUCGAGGAGGAGAAUACUGAGCUGGUGGAGCAGCAGGAGCUGUGCAGCAGGCUGGUGCAGGAUCAGAAACAACAGAUAGAGAGACUGAGCCUGCAGCUGACGGCUGCCAGAAUAAGACUGCAGAAGAAGAGAGACAAGAGUCUGUAUACCUGUGGAGCGAAGACACUGCCGUGGCAGGCAGAUACAGGCGUCCUGCUUCAGCCUCUGUCUCAUGUGGACGAGACACCAGAGGUGGGUGGUCUGCUCAAAGACAUGUCGCUGUGUCUGCUGGACCUGCAGGCUCUCUGCAGCAUCCUGGCUCAGAGAGCACAGGGGGAGGAGCCCAACCUGUCUCUGCUCCUGGGCAUGAAAUCGCUGAGUGUUUCAGCAGAGGAAAGUGGCGGCGACAGAGAGGUGGUCAAAGAAGAGCUGAGGUUUAAGCUGCUGGAGGUCGCUCAGCUGAGGAGAGACAUCGACGAGCUGAGGAAGAGCAUCUCUGACCGCUACGCUCAGUAUAUGAGCGACACUUGUGUCUCCCAGUGACACUGUUGUGCUUUUAACAUGAGGUUCAUCAGGUCAGUCGAUCACAUGAUGAAGGCCACACCUCAGGUUUGACACAGUGAAAGGGAACUUUUCAGAAUGCUGCAUGAACUUGUUGUUUCUUGACUUCAGGUAUGAAUUCACCUCGUCAGCUUUGUGUGUUCGCUUCAUAAGGAAAACAUCGUCUUCAUUUAAGGAAAACAUCGUCUUCAUUUAAGGAAAACAUCGUCUUCAUUUAAGGAAAACAUCGUCUUCAUCGUCUUCAUUUAAGGGAAACAUCGUCUUCAUUUAAGGAAAACAUCGUCUUCAUUUAAGGGAAACAUCGUCUUCAUUUAAGGAAAACAUCGUCUUCAUUUAAGGAGUCCUCUGUGUGGCUCUUUUCCAUUAUAUAGUUAUAGCACGACUCCACACACACACUCAAGUGUUUUUAACUGAUCUGUGUCGGACGACACACUCUGACAUUUUAACAUCGCCUCCAGCCUUGUCAGAGCAGGUACUGAAGGUAAACCCCAGGUAUGAUCCCUAACCCAUUACAAGUAGUAUUUCUGCACACACACUUAUUAGUGACAGUGAAUUUCACCUCUGCACUUAACCCCUCCACCCAAGCAGUGGGGGAUUGGGUGCCUUGCUCAGGGGCACCCCAGCCAAUGACCCGUCCUGGGAUUGAACCAGUGACCCAACGGUUACACGCCCAAUUCUUUUCCUCUUGGCCUGACGAGCAAAAAAAAAAACAAUCCAAAAAAGCGGGACAGUCGAGCUGAGUAGUGUUAGAACUGUGGAAUGGAAAAGGGCCAUUAGAUGGCGCUAACGCUACACACUGGACCUUUGAAUCUUAUAUUAGGUUAUUAGUAUGAAGAAAACAGCACAGUAUCACAGUAUGUUCACAAAGUGUCAAGUCUUUGCUAAUGACUGUAAACAGCUGCUUUCAUUUCACUUAUACUCAGCAAAUGUGUUUGUGUGACUUUGAUUUGUCACAUUUUUAGUGCUUAUUUUUUAACUGACUCUUUUUCUUUGUGACCAUACAGCACAGUUAUCAUCUGUGUGUGUGUGUGUGUGUGUGUGCGCGUGUGUGUGUGUGUGUUGAGUCCAUAACAAGCUGCUGGAUGGCUUGUCCCUCUAUAGAAGAAAGGUGUCAGUUUAUUUAUUUGACAGUGUGGAGGUUUGAUCUCUCGUGUUCACAUGGCAAAUAAAACCGUUUUUCAGAGAA